UAGAGGGAGAAACAGCCUCAAUCUGAACAAAUAUUACAGACAUUUAUGUGGGUAUAUAUAUACUGUUAGUUGAAAUGUGGUAGCCAUUAUUAUUCUACCUUCCAAUCUUUGGACUAUUAUCCACUUUCCUUUUUCCUCUUUUUUCCCCCUAAUUUUAGCCCACAAAAAGCUCUUUCCUUUUUUAAUUUUUAAUUUUUGAUAAUUUAUUAUUUUUUAUUUGUAUUACUGUGGGAAAUUAAUUAUUCUUGGUUCAAACUUCAAAACCUACCCUCACAUUUCCCAUUUGCAUCAUCUUCUUGGGGAAAAAAAAGGAAAUCAGUGGUGGGGGCACCUCUUUGUCAGGAAGGAUAUUGGGAUGGGUGGACCGAGGCUACGAACAAUAGUUCUUUGGUUUUCGGUAUAUAUUCUUGUCGAAUCGGCUUUUGGUGUUGAUAUAAAGCACUUGAAUAUAUGGCCUAUGCCGAAAUCGGUGAGCUAUGGGUAUAAAAGUCUUUUCCUCAGCAACGAUCUUGAGCUGAAAACCGAAGGGAGUAAGUUUUCCGAUGGUUCAAAUAUUCUCAAGGAUGCGUUUUUUAGGACAAUUGAUGUUGUAAGAGCAACUCAUGUUAUUGAAGCAAAUACUUCCAAGAUCGAUCCUUCCUUUUUGCUCAAAGGAAUUCAUGUAGUUGUCUAUUCGCCUUCCGACAAGUUGCAGCAUGGCGUUGACGAGUCGUACAAGCUACAUAUUCCUACUCAGGGGAAUCGACUUUAUGCACAAAUUGAGGCACAAACUGUUUAUGGAGCUUUGCAUGCGCUGCAGACAUUUAGCCAAGUGUGCUACUUCAACAUUUCAUCGAGGGGCAUUAUGGCCCAUCAGCUUCCAUUGACCGUUUCCGAUCAGCCUCGGUUCUCAUAUCGAGGCCUUUUGAUCGAUACAUCUAGGCAUUAUCAGACCUUACCAGUAAUAAAGAAGGUCAUCGACUCAAUGACUUAUGCCAAGCUCAAUGUGCUGCAUUGGCAUAUUGUGGACUCGCAAUCUUUUCCGCUCGAGAUUCCGUCAUAUCCAAAGCUGUGGGAUGGUGCGUACUCAUCUUCCGAACGAUAUACAUUUGCCGAUGCUAUAGAGAUUGUAAGUUACGCUAAAAAACGUGGGAUUAACGUGUUGGCUGAAAUUGAUGUUCCGGGGCAUGCUCUAUCCUGGGGGGUAGGAUAUCCUUCUUUAUGGCCUUCGACAGAUUGUAGAGAGCCACUUGACGUUAGCAACGAAUUUACCUUCAAAUUGAUAGACGGGAUUCUUUCAGAUUUCAGUAAGAUCUUCAAGUAUAAAUUUAUUCACCUAGGAGGCGACGAGGUGGACACUAGUUGUUGGCAGUUGACUCCUCAUGUGCGCAAGUGGUUACAGAAAAACGGAAUGAAUGCUUCCGAGGCUUAUCAGUAUUUUGUGCUACGAGCACAGAAGAUAGCAUUAUCACAUGGAUAUGAAAUCAUUAACUGGGAAGAGACUUUCAACAACUUUGGCAGUAAAUUGAGCCGUAAAACCGUGGUCCAUAAUUGGCUUGGAAGUGGUGUUGCGGAAAGAGUGGUUAAAGAUGGAUUACGAUGUAUAGUGAGCAAUCAAGAUAAGUGGUAUUUGGAUCAUUUAGAUGCUCUUUGGCAAGGCUUCUACACGAAUGAGCCGUUAACGAAUAUAACCAAUCCUAACGAACAAGCUUUAGUCCUUGGUGGUGAGGUGUGCAUGUGGGCUGAACAUAUCGAUGCAUCUGAUAUCGAGCAAACUAUAUGGCCUAGGGCUGCAGCAGCUGCAGAGAGGCUGUGGACACCUUACGACAAGAUAGCAAAGGAUCCGGAAGAAGUGAGGGAUCGAUUAACGUAUUUUAGGUGUCUGCUGAAUCAAAGGGGAGUGGCUGCUGCUCCAUUGGAUGGAUUUGGUAGAGCUGCACCAGAAGAACCUGGUUCUUGUUAUAUGCAAUAAUGAUCUUUAUUGUCAUUUUAUCAAAUUUGUUGGUCAUAAAUAAAUUUUGAAAUAAUACAAGUGAAAUGUGUAAUUUUCAAAAAAUAUGGUCAAGGAUAAAUUACCAAGUAC